GGGCCAGGCUCCUGCUGAGCUCUUCUGGAAAUGGGCUCACAGUAUGAACUCAAGGACAACCCUGGGGUACACCCGGCCACCUUUGCAGCCCACACGGCCCCAGCCUAUUACCCCUACGGCCAGUUCCAGUACGGGGAUCCCGGGAGGCCCAAGAACGCCACUCGCGAGAGCACCAGCACGCUGAAGGCCUGGCUGAACGAGCACCGCAAGAACCCCUACCCCACCAAGGGUGAGAAGAUCAUGCUGGCCAUCAUCACCAAGAUGACCCUCACGCAGGUCUCCACCUGGUUCGCCAACGCGCGCCGGCGCCUCAAGAAGGAGAACAAGGUGACGUGGGGGGCACGCAGCAAGGACCAGGAGGACGGCGCCCUCUUCGGCAGCGACACGGAGGGCGACGCCGAGAAGGCGGAGGACGACGAGGAGAUCGACCUGGAGAGCAUCGACAUCGAUAAGAUCGACGAGCACGACGGUGACCAGAGCAACGAGGAUGACGAGGACAAGGCCGAGGCGCCGCGCGCGCCCGCCGCCCCGAUCGCCCUGGCCCGGGAAAAGGGGCUCAGCUCUUCCGUGCGGCCUCUCCGCUGCUCUCGCGGCGGUCACGCGCCCCCGGCUCGGCUUGGCGACCCGACCCGGUAA